AUCGGCUGGCACUCCGGCCCCCGGCCGUGGCUGCGAUUCCCAGCCCGCCGCCGGGCCGUGGAGGCAAGCGGGGAAAGGCGGCGGUGGGGGCGGGGCGGCGCCCGGCUCUGGGAGAGCUGGGGGAGGAGCGCGGCGGCGGCGGCGGCUCUGGAAGAGGAGGAGAAGGAGGUGGAGGAUUUCUUUUCCUCUUCUCAGACCCCGGAGCGUCCCAGACACAGAGCCCGGAACUGGGGGACGUGGCGACUGCGGGGGAGCCGAGUAGGCCAAUCCAUUAUUUGCCUGAAAGGUGACCUCUGGGAGUGGCUUCAGUUCCAGGUUAAAAUGAUAUCUUAGGGUGAUAGUUUGGGCGUUCGUCUAGUCUCUAUCAGUCUGUAUCUCCCUGGAAAAAGAGACAUGAAUGUCUGCAGUUAUAUUUCCUGACAAGAAGUUGAUGUAAGAGAAGGCAAGAAAUAACAGCUAGUGAACAGAAUUUCGAACAACCAGGAUUUUGUCACUUCAAACCACAGACUUCUGUUGCCCAUUUUUAAAAUCAGAGAUAAUAUCAACACUCAACCCAGUCAAGGCAAAAGGAUACUUUUCUUCUGUGUAUUUCAAGCUCAAAGAUACUGCAAUGUCUAGGAAACAAAGCCAGAAAGAUUCAUCAGGAUUUAUUUUUGAUUUGCAGUCCAAUACUGUGCUGGCCCAGGGAGGAACUUUUGAGAACAUGAAAGAGAAGAUAAAUGCAGUUCGAGCAAUAGUUCCCAAUAAGAGCAACAAUGAAAUCAUUCUCGUCUUGCAGCACUUUGAUAAUUGUGUGGACAAAACCGUACAAGCAUUCAUGGAAGGUAGCGCCAGUGAAGUACUCAAAGAAUGGACAGUAACAGGCAAGAAAAAGAACAAAAAGAAGAAAAGCAAACCAAAACCUGCAGCAGAAGCAAGUAACAGUAUCCCAGAUUCCAGUAAAUUGGCUUCCAUUCAAGAGGAACAGUCAGCACCUUCCUCAGAGAAAGGUGGUGUUAAUGGUUACCACAUCAAUGGUGCCAUCAAUGAUACUGAGUCCGUGGACUCGCUCAGUGAAGGCUUGGAGACACUUUCAGUAGAUGCCAGAGAAUUGGAGGACCCUGAGCCUGCCACACCAGAUAUCCAGACACAGGAUAGAACAGGAUCCAUGCUGGAAAAUGGGAUCUCAGAUUUUGAGCCUAAGUCUUUGGCUAUGCACUCAACUCAGAAUUCUCAACAAUCCAGGAAUGCUGCCAGAUCUCUCUCAAGACCCACCACAGGAGCUCAGUUUUCAAUUCUGGGGAUGGAAGAUGUUCCACUCUCCUCCACCAACAAAAAGCUAGGUUCCAAUAUUGAAAAAUCUGUAAAAGAUCUCCAGCGCUGCACAGUGUCUCUUGCACGAUAUCGAGUUGUAGUUAAAGAAGAGAUGGAUGCUUCCAUUAAGAAAAUGAAACAAGCUUUUGCUGAAUUGCAGAGCUGUUUAAUGGACCGGGAAGUGGCAUUGCUUGCUGAAAUGGACAAAGUAAAAGCUGAAGCAAUGGAAAUUUUGCUCAGCCGGCAAAAGAAAGCUGAACUUUUAAAGAAGAUGACUGAUGUGGCUGUUCGAAUGUCAGAGGAGCAAUUGGUUGAGCUCAGAGCUGAUAUAAAGCAUUUCGUUAGUGAACGUAAAUAUGAUGAGGAUAUGGGACGAGUAGCCCGGUUCACCUGUGAUGUAGAAACCCUCAAGAAGAGUAUUGAUUCAUUUGGACAAGUGUCCCAUCCAAAGAACAGCUAUUCAACCAGAUCCCGAUGUAGCUCAGUUACAUCUGUGUCUUUGAGUAGCCCAAGUGAUACCUCUGCUGCUUCCUCUUCCACCUGUGCCUCUGCUCCCAGCCUUACAAGUGCUAAUAGGAAGAGCUCUGCACCAGAAGAGGCUCCUGCAGCCACAACCAACUCCAGCAGCCGGCCCUACCAGCCUCAUCGGGAGGUAUUGCCGGGGAACAGACGAGGAGGACAAGGCUACAGGCCACAAGGCCAAAAGUCCAGCGACGCCAUGAACCAAGGGCGACACGACGGUAUGGGUCGUUACAGAAAUAGCUCAUGGUAUUCAUCUGGUUCCAGGUAUCAGAAUGCUUCACCCCAGGCACCAGGAAACUCAAGUGAACGGGGCCAGACUCACUCUUCAGGGACCAAUGGAACUGGAACCAGCAUGGAGCCCAACCUACCCAAGCCGUCCUUCAAAAAGGGGCUCCCCCAGCGCAAACCCAGGACCUCUCAGGCUGAAGCUGUGAACUCUUGAGGAAAAUCCCAACUGGCUUCUCUCCUCUGUCCCACACAAUUCAACUUGAUAACUGGACUUUAGGAAACUUAUAGUUAGAUUUAAUAACAAAAAAAAAGUUUACGCAUAUCACUUUUUGUGCCAUUCUAAAUAUUUUUUUUGUCUCUAUUUCUCAUUUCCUCUUACUCUUUUUGGAAGGGAAGCUCUUUUUCCGUUGACCUUUCCCAGUGAUAUGGAUUGAUUCUGAUUGGGAUCAGAGGCAACUGUUGCCAGGUUUCCCAAGGGUAAGCAAUGCUCUUCCCAGUGCAACAGGCCUUUCAGUUGCCCGCAGAGGCCUUCCUCAGCAACCCCCACUAUUCAGGCUGUCUUGGGAGAAGGUGGGUCAGAGCUACCCCUGUUCCAGUCUAAGCAGAAGCCACAAAUGCCUGCCAGGUACCCUCCUAACAACAAUUUGGCCAGAAGAGGCAAUGAGGGGAUUGUGCUGUGGAUUAGCCAGAGGAGGGAAAAUUUAAUUGGUGAAAUGGAGGGAAGCCUAGGAAACAUUGGAUAGUCUGCCUCUGCUCUCAGAACGGGCCUGAGAUUUGGCACUCCGGUCAAGUUUCACUCUCCUGCGUGGCACCGUAGCUUAACCUGCAGUUUCUUCAAAAUGCUCGAAGCCUUGUUUUCUGUUACCUUAGACUGCAAACCAGGGAAACCUAUAGGAAGGUAGCAUUUAAUUAAAGGGAAAAAAAGGUGUUUCUGUUUCAAUGUUUGGAGAUUUGUUUCUUCUCCGUCUUUUCCAAAUCCUAUUCUGAUCCUGAUCUAAAUUUAUAACAAUAUAAUUAGUGUUCAUCUAAGGUGUUACCCAUCAAAAAGUGCUACAGUCAAUCUUUAUAGCUGAAUAAAAACAACUUCAUAAAUGUUCCCACA